CGUUUUCCGGCAGAGUGGCGGAACAGUCCUAUCAUUUGGUGUCAUUUUGCGACACCUCGGUGAGACGCUCAGCGGCAGUGAGGCUGUCAUGGCGUCGCCCUUCAGUGGGGUACUACAGCUGACCGACCUGGAUGACUUCAUCGGGCCGUCUCAGAAUUGUAUCAAGCCUGUGAAGGUGGAUAAGAAGCCGGGAAGUGGCAUAGCCAAGAUCCACAUCGAAGAUGAUGGGAGUUACCUCCAAGUGAACCCAGAUGGAAGAACCCAGAAGCUGGAGAAAGCCAAGGUCUCCCUGAAUGACUGCCUAGCAUGCAGUGGGUGUGUCACUUCAGCAGAGACGGUGCUCAUCACCCAGCAGAGUCAUGAGGAGCUGAAAAGGGUUCUAGAUGCUAAUAAGGUAGCAGCACCCAGUCAGCAGCGGCUGGUGGUCGUUUCUGUCUCACCCCAGUCCAGAGCAUCACUGGCUGCCCGGUUUCAGCUGGAUUCCUCAAACACUGCCAGGAAAUUAACUUCAUUCUUCAAAAAAAUAGGGGUACACUUUGUUUUUGAUACUACCUUCGCAAGGAACUUCAGCCUUUUGGAAAGCCAGAAAGAGUUUGUGCAGCGAUUCCGAGGGCAAAGCAACUCUAAAGAGGCCUUGCCCAUGUUGGCUUCUGCCUGCCCAGGCUGGAUCUGCUAUGCUGAGAAGACACAUGGCAAUUUCAUCCUCCCCUACAUCAGCACAGCCCGGUCCCCACAGCAGGUUAUGGGCUCCCUGGUCAAAGACUUCUUUGCCCAGCAACAGCAUCUGACUCCAGACAAGAUCUACCAUGUGACAGUGAUGCCCUGCUAUGACAAAAAGCUAGAAGCAUCUAGACCUGACUUCUUCAACCAGAAGUACCAGACCCGUGACGUGGACUGUGUCCUUACAACAGGAGAAGUCUUUAGGAUGCUGGAGGAAGAAGGAGUGUCACUCUUGGAGCUGGAGCCUGUGCCCCUGGAUGGCUUAACCUGUAGUGUGUCUGCUGAGGAGCCCACCAGCCAUCGGGGUGGAGGCUCAGGAGGCUACCUGGAGCAUGUGUUCCGGCACGCAGCCCAAGAGCUCUUUGGAAUCCAUGUGGCCGACGUUACCUACCAACCCAUGAGGAACAAGGACUUCCAGGAAGUGACACUGGAGAGGGAAGGCCAGGUGCUGUUGCGCUUUGCUGUGGCCUAUGGUUUCCGCAACAUCCAGAACCUUGUGCAGAAGCUGAAGCGAGGUCGCUGUCCCUACCAUUAUGUGGAAGUCAUGGCCUGCCCUUCAGGCUGCUUGAAUGGAGGGGGCCAGCUCAAGGCCCCAGAUAUGCAAGGCAGGGAGCUCCUCCAGCAAGUGGAAAAACUGUACAGCAUGGUGAGGAAUGAGGCACCCGAAGACGCACCUGGGGUCCAGGAGCUGUACCAGCACUGGCUGCAAGGUGAGGGCUCCGAGCAGGCCAGCCGCCUGUUGCACACACAAUACCAUGCCGUGGAGAAGACCAACUCGGGCAUCAGCAUCAGGUGGUAGGAGGCCUUGAGAGGCUGUGAGAGCCCCAGGGGCCAGCACCAACACUCCCAGGAAGACCAUGUGUGUAUCAGCAACGGAUUCCACACAGAGAACACACUGGAGACCUUCAAAAUUCAAGGAGAGCUACAAGGAUGUGUUGGAUUGUGUGCUAAAGUGGGGCACUAGCUGCAUGUGGGUCCUUGGCAGUACAUGACCUGCGUGCCUCUGGUUGGUAAUGUUGCCAUGGCCCAUGCACCUCCAGAUUCCACACUGAGCUCUGCAGGGUAGAAGUGCAAGCAGGGUCCGGGUAGCCAAGGGGGCCAAAGGUUCAAUGAGGUUCCAGAAUCUCUUCUACUGGCCUAGGGCCAUGGGCAUCUUCCCUGCCCAGCCCUCUGGGUUAUGAGCACAGUUUCAUUUCUGUGGCUAACUCCUGAAGCUAAAAUGUAUAGGGCAGGUAUCAAGCCUGAGUCUAGUGGGGCACCUGAUCCUCUUAAAAACUGGCUGCUUGCUGGGGCCUUGCCGUUUGGGCAGUCUGUCAGCACCAAGCCUGUAUGGCUGUGAGAAGUCCAUAGCUGAGUCUCACUGAGCUUGUCACUCACCCAGCCUCACCACUAAUAAACAGGUCUGCACUUCUGGAA